UCCGUUCCAUAAUGUUUCUUUCUUGCGCCGAGAGAGGACCGAGCGACAGAGACGGAGAGAGGUUGGUUAAAGUUUUUCUUUGAGCUUUAGUGGCUGAAACCCGGACGCGUAAAUGGCCAAGCGGGAGCUUUCUAGCACUCUGAGGAACCUGAAGUUCAUGCAAAGGGCGGCUUCGAGAGAGGAAAAUAAGAAGAAAGAGGAAGAGUUCAAAUCUGAUGGGAAUUUCUGUUCUCCUAAUACCAUUAAUCGAAAGUGUGUGGUUAUAAUGGAAGGUGAUCCUCAUCCUGGUGCAAUUAAAGGCCGCAUGUCAUUUCAAAGUUUCAAUCCUUCUAUUGAUAAACUGACUGAAGCAGCUGAAGACACAGUGUCUGCCUCUUCUUUUGAUGGUAAAAGUGGAGGACUAUCUUUUCGAGAAGAUGAAUCCUCAACGGAUGGAGCAGGGUGCUCAAACAUUGAAAAAUCUAAUUGCAAGGCUAAUGGAGAUCUUAAAAGAAAGCAACCUGAAGUAGUGUAUGACACAAAAAACCCGAAUAAAUUACCGAAAGAUGUUCAAGGUAGUCAACAAUCAUCGCCAAAUAACAGUAAAGGCUCCUUCAAGAAGCCAAAAGAUAAAAAACUUGAUUGGAGUGUUCUUAGACCAUCGAGGGGUCAAAACAAAAGAGGGUGAUUAUAUUAGAUGAUUGAUAUACACAAUUGUGUCAAUUUCUCUUUGAUUUGCUUUGACGUCCGAAAACUUGAAUCUAUAGUCUCUUAAUGUGUUAUUGAUCCUAGUUUUGUUAGCCA